AUGGGCCCCCCCGAUCCUCCACCAACAAAUGCUGCGGCCCUGCCCAUAGAAAUCAUCCAAUCCAUCCUCUGCUACCUAGACGUCGAGUCCUACCAUGCCGUACGGCAAACAUGCUAUCCCUGGCGAUCCGCAGCAUCAGCCCCAUGCAUGCUCCGCAAUGUUCUCCAGCAGGUCCCCGUGUCGCUGCCCAGCGCGUCAAGCUUACUGUCCACGGAGGAAUGGAACAACUACUUCAGCCAGGUCGCCCGCCUGAACCUGCUGGGAUACCGCAGCCACGUUGAGAAGACCGUGUCUGAGCGUGUUCUUCCUGAAGAAUGCACCUCGUCGUCUGUUCUGGCGACCACGCCCGACGGCCGGCAGACAGUGGUUUUGCAAGGCGCGCAGACCCUCGUCUACGACAACACCGACAACACCGACAACAAACCCAUUCUCGAAUUCCCUCUGGCCUCCAGCCUGUACCCGCACUGGACAUCUGUGUGUCGUGCCUUGAUGGAGAACCGCAACGCCGGCCGCAUGUCCGUCAACCAGCGGUACGCAAAGCACCGCAUCGCCGUCUCCUCCACGGCGGCCUUUGUCGCCAUCGGCCUGGGCCGAGUCAUCCAGAUAUACAGUCUGCAUGACGCCGACGACCGCAGCGUCCCCGCCGAGUACGUCCUCGGCCAGAGCGACAUGGUCUUCGCCAGCAGCCCCGGCGCCGAGUACGAGGACACCGACGGCGUCGUCGACUCGCUCGAGUUCGCCGACCACGACCACCUCCUCCGCGUCGCCAUCGGAAAGGAAACCACCAUCCACCGGCCCACCCGCGUCCGAUACCUGGGCCAUCCCGACCCAGACGCCAGGCACACCAGCCCGCCGCCCUUCGACUACUGGCGCAAGCACCUCAACCACGUCUACCUCGACUCGGCCGCGUUGGCCGUCGCCCUCACGGGCGACGACGAGUACCGCUCCACUUUACGCGGGCUACGUCUCCUCCCGCGCACCUACCACCCUCGCUCUCAGCACGCCCGCCGCCGCCCACCACCCGCUGCCCCAGACGACAAACCCGGCGCGCGAGAGGACCGCUUCUUCAUCGCGUCCCUGCAGACAGGCCACACAGACAGCUACUGCAUCGGCCAGAUGACACCCGCCGCAUCAACCCCCGUCCGCAUCCACCGCCUCUUCCCGUCCAUCUAUUUCCGCCCGGGCAACUCCAUCCCCGGCACCCGCACCGAAGGCCCGCCGCGCCUGUACCCGCCGGUCCCGGCAACGGAGCGCGAACAGCACCACAUGACCUACGGCCUGCGCGAGGUCGUCUCGCGCUGGAACGCCAUCAACCUGCCCUCCGCGACGUUCUCCUCGCCGCUCCUCGCCGUCUCCAACGACCACCGUCUCCUGGUCGUCUACGAACCCGGCGCCGGCCACUCCUGCUGCAUCGUCGACGGCGGAUCGCUGUACGUCUAUGCCAUGGGCGACGGCGCCGCCGUGUACCAGCCCUCUGCGCUGCCGCUGACGGCCCCGUCUUCGUCCUCGUCGGCAGCGGGUGGCUCGCCUCUCCGCGGCGACGACGGGAGCGAGUCCGAUUCCGAGACAGGGACCAUUUACGACAGAUUACAGAUGGCCGUGGCUAAUCCGUUCAAUGAUAGCCGGUACGAGCCGCCGGAUAUCAUCCCGUCGUGGCCGUUUUUGCUUGACAGGACGUCGAUGGAUAUUGAGACGCUGCAUGUCGCUUCGUCGCGCGGGAAAGAUGGCAGCCGGGAGUACACCGUUACAGGGCAUUCCGGCAGCGACGUCAUUCGGUGGCGGUUGAGGGGAGCUGAAUAG